AUGGCAGGUGUAUUCCAAGAUAGUUCAUCAGUAAUACAAGAACCUGAACCUGUAACAGAGAAACCGGCGCCGGCGCCAGAGAAACCGACGCCGUUGCUCCACAACGGGCCACACGGCGUCCAGGUCGUGAACACAGGCCCCGAUCACACAUUCACCCUCAACGAGGAGGCGCUCCGGGAACUGCUCCUACAGGACGACAUCAAAGACAGGGCGGUGGUCGUACUGUCAGUUGCGGGCGCCUUCAGGAAAGGGAAGUCCUUCCUGCUUGAUUUCUUCUUGCGAUAUUUGAACAAUAAGUAUGGGUCAGACGGUGGCACAGACUGGCUCGGUGGCGAGGAGGAGCCGUUGCAGGGCUUCAAUUGGCGCGGGGGCUCCGAGCGGGACACUACCGGCAUCCUGAUGUGGUCUGAAAUAUUCAAAGCGACGUUAGAGAGUGGAGAAAAGGUGGCUGUAAUAUUGAUGGACACGCAAGGUGCAUUCGAUAGCGAGUCCACGGUGCGGGACUGCGCGACCAUCUUCGCGCUCUCCACGAUGCUAUCAUCUGUACUCAUCUACAACCUGUCGCAGAACAUACAGGAGGACGACCUGCAGCAUUUACAGCUGUUCACAGAAUACGGUCGGCUGGCGCUAGAGGACAGCGGGCGCACUCCCUUCCAGCGGCUGCAGUUCCUGGUGCGGGACUGGAGCUUCCCUUAUGAGGCGCCCUAUGGACCAGAGGGAGGUCGCAAAAUACUCCAGAAAAGACUGAAGGUGUCAAAUAACCAGCAUCCGGAACUACAGUCACUCCGUAAACACAUAACGUCAUGCUUCAGCGAGAUUGCGUGUUUCCUGAUGCCACACCCUGGCAUCAAGGUCGCCACUAGCCAAGAGUUCGAUGGCAGAUUAAAAGACAUCGAAAUGGAGUUCAAAUGUUCCCUACAACAGCUUGUUCCGAUGCUGCUGUCGCCACAGAACCUUGUUCCGAAGCUCAUCAACGGUCAGAAGGUGCGGGCCAAGGAUCUGGUGCAGUACUUCAAGUCGUAUAUGAGCAUAUACAAGGGCAAUGAGCUGCCGGAACCUAAGAGUAUGUUAGUGGCAACAGCCGAAGCGAACAAUUUGACCGCUGUAGCCGAAGCUAAGGAGCUAUACACUAAACUAAUGGAGGAGGUUUGUGGCGGGGCAAAGCCCUACCUCCAGUCGCAGCUGUUGGAGACUGAACACGCCAGGAUCAAGGACAAAGCGAUCCACGCUUUCCACUCUAAACGCAAGAUGGGUGGCGAGGAGUUCAGUCAGGCGUAUUUUAACCAGUUAAUAUUGGACCUGAACGAGCAGUUCGUGCAGUUCUCAGCGCAGAACGAGAGCAAGAACAUAUUCAAGGCGGCGCGCACCCCGUCCGUGUUCUGCGCGAUAGCGCUCGUGUUCUACGUGCUCAGCGGCGUGUUCGGCCUCGUGGGGCUCUACCCGAUAGCUAACCUCGCCAAUCUUGCCAUGGGGCUGGCUCUACUUACGCUUGUUAUGUGGGCGUACAUCAGGUACAGCGGUGAGAUGCGCGAAAUCGGUGUUACAAUAGAUGACGUAGCUAAUUUGUUGUGGGAAAAUAUAAUGAAGCCCACGUACCAGACGUGCCUGGAGAAGGGGAUGGAGCACGCCGCACACGCGGCGGCGGAGCGGGCGCUGGGGGGCCCCUCGCCCCCCUCCCCCCCGCCGAUGCCCAACGGUAAGCACAAGCACUUGUGA